UAUUAAAAGCGCAGAAGAAAUAUGCCAAUUCAAAAUAGAUUGUUGUAUUUCACGAUGUUAGAGACAAUGGUGAUAUAUGGAAAUUUUAAACGUAUAAUUUGAUCCCGUGGACUGACAUCGCUGUGUCUGGUAGAUCUCGGCUGUUUAGAAAGGCCACAAUGCUGCUGGCUCAGAUAAACCAGGCGGCAGAUUUCCAGCAUGAUGGAGAUGCUCAAGAAGUCACCCUGUGCUUAACCGAAACUGUGGGGAUUUCAGACGGCGAUCAGAGAAUGGACACUGUCAGUUUGCAGGCUGUGACUUUAGCAGAUGGUUCCACUGCGUAUAUAUCUCACAACCCACAAGACAAUGGUAUAGUUGAAGGACAGAUGAUCCAGUUGGAAGAUGGUUCAUCUGCUUAUGUCCAACACAUUGCUGUUCCAAAAGCAGAGGAAUCAAACAACUGGAUGGGCUCCUCAGCUGUAUGUGAUGUUAUUAGUAAUGAGAGUUUAAGACUGGAAGAUGGGCAGACUGUUCAGCUGGAGGAUGGAACUACCGCUUACAUCCACCACACACAAAAAGAAACAUACGAAUCCAGUAACCUACAGGAGGUGCAGUUGGAGGACGGAUCUACUGCAUACAUUCAGCACGCAGUGCAAGUGUCGCAGCCCAACACCAUUCUGGCCAUCCAGACGAAUGGCACAGUGUCAGAUCUGCAAACAGAUGCAACCAUUGAUCAAGAAACCAUUAAUGCUCUGGAGCAGUACUCCAGCAAGAUUGAAGACAUGGACCCUUACGCAAACUCUGAGCUGAUCACAAAUGAUCCUAACAGUGUUGUGGAGAUGCAGAUUGUUUUUCAGGGUCAGGGAAUUCGCCGUAAUAUUCAGCAAUCGGGGGAGAAAUGUUUUCGGUGUAGCUAUGAUGGAUGUGGAAAGCUUUACACCACAGCAAACCAUCUUAAGGUACAUGAAAGAGUACAUACAGGCGACAAGCCAUACUGCUGUGAUUUACCUGGGUGUGGAAAAAAGUUUGCAACAGGUUACGGCUUGAAAAGUCACAUCAGGACACACACUGGGGAGAAACCGUACUGCUGUCAGGAGUUGAACUGUAAAAAAACUUUCAAGACCUCAGGGGACCUUCAAAAGCACACCAGAAUUCACACAGGAGAGAAGCCAUACAUGUGUCCUGUCCCGGGUUGUGGGCGAUCCUUCAGUACCUCAAACAUCUGUAAGGUUCACGUCCGCACACAUACGGGUGAGAAGCCGUAUCAUUGCACGGAGCCAGGCUGCAAUCGGGCCUUUGCCAGCGCAACUAAUUACAAGAACCACAUACGGAUCCAUACAGGAGAGAGACCGUACGUGUGCACGGCCCCUGGGUGUGACAAGCGAUUUACAGAGUACUCGAGUCUAUACAAACAUAACGUCGUGCACACUCUUUGCAAACCGUACAAGUGCAACGACUGCGGAAAAACAUAUAAGCAGAUUUCGACGCUGCUCGUGCAUCAACGCACGGCGCACAUCGACACCGAGCCUAUAGAAGAAGAGUCGCUGGGCUAUUUUGAGCCCCCUGCAGAGGCUGUAGAUGACCCUUCUAUGACCGAAAACCUGGUCAAACAUGAAACGGACUCCAACACUGAGAUGACCUCCGAACUCUCAGAUGAACAGCAACAUGUAACGCUCAUCGCACAAGAUGGAACGACGCAGGCCAUUGGAGAAACAAUCGCAAUGGUAACAGAAGAUGGCAGCGUCAUCACCAUCCCACCCACUGAAUCUUUACUCUCAUCAGCUGAGGCUCAUGCGGUGACUAUGAUCUCAGAGGAUGGGACUGAAGGACAGGUGUGGAGUCUUUUGGAUACUGGAAAUUUGAGAAGCAAACAAAUGACCAUUAUGAUGUCAGAUUUGGCAUCUUCAAGCGACGCGCAAGAUGCUUUAUCGGCUCACCCCGUCACACUUUUGGCUACUUCUAACGGCACACAGAUUGCUGUUCAGCUAAGUGAGCAGACGUCAUUGGAAGAGGCUCUGAGGAUAGCUUCAUCUUUACAUGGAGGGGAAACAGAAGAGCUGGACGAAUAAUCACUUCCGGAUGGGACUCGCUAUGUGAUUCAGUGAAAAAAUGACAAGCUUUUGUAAUUGCCCCUUCGCCACAGAGCUGUGCAGGGGUUGAACUAUCAAAUAAUUUCUUAUAGAUUUUGUUCACAUUGAUAUAGAAAUCAGAAAGGCUGAAACUUCUUUGCAUUUUUUAAAUAAAAAACAAAAAUAUUCA